CAAUAUUAUGGGUAUAUAUGUUGGCUCAGGUUUAGCCUCCACUUGUGAUACGCUCAUGUCUCAGGCUUAUGGAGGAAAAAAUCUGAAACUUGUGGGGACAAUAUUACAGAGAGGGAUUCUUAUCCUAAUGCUGUGCUGUUUCCCAUGCUGGGCUGUCUUAAUUAACACAGAACAGUUGCUGCUGCUCUGUGGACAGAAUCCAGAUGUUGCCAGAUUAACACAGGCCUAUGUGACGAUUUGUAUCCCUGCUUUUCCUGCAAUAUUCUUAUACCAGCUGCAGACACGAUAUUUACAGUGCCAGGGUAUAAUAUGGCCUCAGGUCAUUACUGGCCUUGUAGUAAAUCUUACUAAUAUUGCUAUGAAUGCCUUCUUUAUGUAUGGACUGAAUCUGAGAGUAAUGGGAUCAGCUUGUGCAAACACAAUAUCUCAAUAUGCAUUGUCUGGUGUGCUUUUAGCCUAUAUCAUUUUGAGAAAACUUCAUCUUCUAACAUGGGGAGGUUGGUCCAGAGAUUGUUUGCAGGAAUGGGGCGCCUUUGUACGCCUGGCCAUACCAAGCAUGCUUAGUAUUUGCAUUGAAUGGUGGAGCUUUGAAAUUGGAGUAUUCAUAGCAGGUCUCAUUAAUGUUGUGGAGCUUGGUGCACAGGCCAUAAUCCUACAGUUGGCCACUCUUGCUUGCGUGAUUCCUGCUGGAUUCGGUGUGGCUGCAAGUGUGAGGAUAGGAAGUGCUUUAGGAGCUGGAGAUGUGGAGCAAGCCAAAACAUCCUACACAGUUACUCUUUUGUGUAUAGGGUUUUGUGCUUUGCUGUCUAGUUCUCUGCUGGCUGCACUAAAAAAUGUGAUUGCCUAUAUUUUUACCGAUGACAGAGAAAUUGCUGCAUUGGUUUCCCGUCUUAUGCUCCUUUUUGCUACAUUUCAGCUAUUUGAUGUUGUAUCUAACUCCUGUGGUGGAAUAUUACGAGGAGCUGGAAAGCAAAAGAUUGGAGCAAUUACAAAUGCUGUUGGGUAUUACCUUCUGGGCUUACCGAUAGGAAUAUCACUGAUGUUUGCAGCGAAGCUUGGAGUAGUAGUGGAUGGCUGAUUGUUUCCUGAGUCAACUGAAAACCAGCCGCUCAGAAAAAAAAAAAUUUGACCUUCCCAAAAUGGCCGCUGCUCCUCCCCCUUCCACCUCCAUGAGGGUCACACAAAAUGGUGGACAGACCAUGCGGCCUCUUGUCACAAAGAAAGUCAUCAUUCAAAACUCCUAAAGUUAUUCUAGGCCUGAGUGUGUAGUUGGCACCAAAUUGAAAUAAAA